GAUAAAAGCUUGAGCAUCAUCCAAGACUCCAGAAGGCCAGAGAGAUCCAGUGAGUGACUGCAAGUCAUCCGCGAACCUUCCUUUGUCCUCUUUUUCUGUGGUCCAAGACUGCAAUGAAGAGGCCAUGUCAGCUGCCAGCCUUGCAUCAUACGUCUACAGUAAAUUUUCCGGAAGUGGUGCUUUGACUUCUGGGGGUUCAAGUGACAUGAAGAACCUUUCACGAAACUCGUCUCCUAACCCCAAGCUUACAGCUGUGUGGAGGACUAAACCUCAAAAGAGUGAGGACAUACCAAAUAGUUCACCAACUUUCAAAGAAGAUGGUUCGUUACUCCGACUUCUGAGAACAAAAUCCAUGCCCUCACUGGUACUGGACAAAGGUUCACCAAUUAGGCAAACAGCACCAGUGGUGAUGCCUUUUUCACCCACUGCCAAGAGUGACACCUCCCUAGAUCACAGUACUUCAUCUUCUUUGGCGUCUCCUAUAACAAGCAGGCACGUAAACCCCCGCAGAACUCUAGAUGAAACUGAUUUCUUGGAGUCAUCUACCAACACCUCUAUUACUACUCCACCACCAAGUCCUUCGAGAUUUACGGCCCCACAUGUAAAAAUCACAAGGUCAGUAUCAGACGGGCACAUAAUAAGAAGACGGAAGCAACAGCUGAGAAGUAAGACCCUUGAUUUUCCACCAGGAUGCAUGCCUUCUGUUAAAACUCUAAGGCUCAAAUUUGAUACUGGAAAACAAACAGAUUAUCAUGAUUCUUCAAGAUCAAUGGCGAACCAAGACUCAUAUUUAAGGGUUAAUAAAGAAAAGCCAAUGUCAGGUGACAAAAUUAAAAAUAAAAAUGGUGAACCUCCUGUGACAAAAUCCAAUAUAUCUGGACAUGAAACACCAGAAGAACCAACAAAAAAUAAGAAACUAGUCAGACAUGAAAGUCUUCGCAGAUUUGAACCACAACACAAUGAAGUUGAGACAAAAGAAAGAGAAGAACAUAUUUCAUUGGGGUCAGUCAAAAGCCUCCUCAAACACUUUGAAAGCACUGUACAUUCAAGUAAAGAUGAUGAGACAACUCAUGUAUCUCAGAGGCAAUCCAGGCCACUAAAACGUGUAGUUCAACUGUCCUCUCCUGAGCUACAGAGAUCUCUGGAAGGUGACCAAGAAAAUGAACCUGAGACUAAAAUCGCAAAUGGUAACCCUGGAAAAGUGGUAUUUCGACAGAGGAGCAAAAGCUUACCUGCACCACGUGAAAAUAAACGGAGUAGCCUUGCAAAUAUUCCUGCAAAUGUACACAAAUUGAAAAUGCAUUUUGAAAGGCAGAGCGGACCAGUAGAAGUACAGCCUUCAAAAGGGAAGUUAAGAGAACCAGAUAAACCAACCUUAAAUCCACAUGAACAAACAAAGCCAGACAUCUCAGGUAAUCUUGCAAAGAGAGAGGAUGGCUAUGAAAAUUCAGCAAAAGCUAAAGGCAACUUGAGGAAGCAAGAAUCUAUUGGUAAAGUUUAUGGGAGCAAAGAACAGGAAGAUGAAUGUCCCACACUGUAUGCAGAUAACGAGAAUCAAGCAAAUGAAGAAAAGGUACCAAAGAGCCCUUCGGUUAAGACCUUGAGAAAGCAUUUCGAAGUACCCACAUCGCCCCAGCUUUCACACAAGGAUGCAAAAGAACGUCCUAUCCGUAGACGACAUACUAUAGUUUCAACUGUCCAACAGGAAUUCGAGACUAAAACUAAAACGCCUGACCAGGUAUUACCACAAGCAACACACGUGAAAGAUACAGAAUUAGAUGAUCAAUCCCGACCACAUGCCUCAGUUAAAAGUCUUCUCAGGCAAUUUGAAUCACAGUACCCAAAGGAGAACGCAAGUGAAGAGAUGCCAGAGAGAGUUAUAAUCAAAGAGGAUACACUAACACCAUCUUAUGUAAGAGUCAAAUCUAUAAUUCGAGAAGAGUCGCUGAUUAUGAUAAAUAAAUCAGAUGGCUCAAUACAAUUAAAGGAUGAUGAUUCUGAUGAAGAAUUCUACAAUGAAAGUGACAUAUCCUUAGAACUUAAGGUACAAGGUAGUGUAGAUUACGACAGAGACGACUUGCCUGAAGGAGGUACAAGAAGGGGUGUCUUAGAGAGAAAGUUCGCCCGAACUGAAUCAUCAAGCAGCGAAUAUUCUAGUGAUGAUGAGCAAAUAUCUACCCGCAAGCAGAAUGAUAACUGGCGAUCAAAGAAAUUGCAAGAACAGAGUGACAGAGAUUUAAUGGAACAAGAGAAUAGAAAAUGGGAGCGAGAGGAAAGGGAAACAAUGGAUAUACAAAAACUCGACGAAAUUACUUUACAGAGAGAGAGAGAGCGAACAGCACUAAUGCAAGCAGAAGAAGAAUGCAAAGCUCUAGAAAAGACUGAACACGAACGGAUACAACAGGAAGAAGAACAAAGGAGGCAGAUGCGUGAGAAGGCUGAAAAAGAAAACCUGGCUCGAGAAAAGGCAGAUGAUGAUGAUGAAAGGAGAGAGCGGGAAAAAUUACAACAAGAAGAAAGGGAUAGAGCAGAACAAGAGAGAAGGGAAGAAGAGUGGGCACAGCAAGAAAGAAAAGAACGCGAGAGAUUAGAACACAUGGAGAGGGAAAGAGUAAAACGAGAGCAAGAAGAAAGAGAGACACUAGAACGAAAAAGGAGAAAACAGGAGAAAGAAGAACUUGAAAGAAGGGAACAAGAAAGAAGAUUGCACGAAGAUAGAGAAAGAAGAGAAUAUGAAGAGAGAGAGAGAGCAAAACAAGAACAGAGACAAAGAGAACAGAUGGAACAGGAAAGAGAAAACCAAAAGAAGGAACAAGAAAGAAAAGAAAGAGAGAGAACAGAACAAGAAGAGAUAGAAAGAGAGAGGGCUGCACAAGAGAGGAGAGAGAGAGAAAAGGUAGAACUUGAAAGAAAGGAGCUAGAGAGACAAGAAAAAGAAAAGGCAGAACUUGAAAGAAAGGAGCUAGAGAGACAAGAAAAAGAAAAGGCAGAACUUGAAAGAAAGGAGGUGGAGAGACAAGAAAAUGAAAAGGCAGAACUUGAAAGAAGGGAGCUAGAGAGAGAAGAAAAAGAAAAGGCAGAGAUCAAAAGAAGAGAACAAGAGAAAAAUCAACAACUAGAGAGGGAAAGAGGAGAAAGGAAGCAAGCAGAAAGAGAAAUACUAGAGAGAGAAAAGGCAGUGAAGGCAGACCAAGAAAUGGCGGCAACCAAAAAAGUUGAAAGAGAUCAUAAGAAAAGGGAGGAAGAAGAAGAGACGCAAAGAGCAACUCAGAUGGAAAGGGACAACGAAAGGGCAGAACAGGCGCGGUUACAAAGGGAACAGGAGACCGAGGAACUGAUGAAAAGGCGCAAGGUCAGCAAACUAGUUGACAAAUUCAUUACUUUGCAAGCACCCGAAAAUGAGACUAAAAUAAAAGGGGACGGAAGUUCAGAGGCAUUGAAAGAGAACUUGGGCGAGGGCCGAAGGGAAUCGGAUGUUUCCGUCUUAAUUGAAAAGUUUGCUCAUGCUAAGAAGAGAAGUUCCUCUGCCUCCUCGCAUUCUAGUGAGGAGAAUUCCUCUUCUAAGCAGGGUAAGGAAACAUCUGCACCCAUCCCAACAGCUCCAUCAGCGUCAGCUAAAAAUGUUCCAGGUAAAGUACGCAAUCUUAACCCUGAUGAACUACGUUUCUUUAGUCAGGAUGGAGCGGCGUUUGAACCAUUUGUGAGAAGCCAGAGCCUCCGUGCAAAGAAAAAUGAACCCACGCCAUUCCAACACAGAGGGGGAUCUCUGAGGGUGAAAAGCUCGGAACCACGCCCAGUGUCAGGUGAUGCCCAGGCUAUGCCAAAAUCCUGUCGGCAACUUCGUCCCGACGAGCUGCGCUUCUUUGCUAUGGCUAACAACAACAUUUAUUCAACUAAGAAACCAGCAAACAAACAUUCACAGCCCCAGCAGGAUUUUCGGCUAGGUAGCCAGGAUGACCCAAGAAAAUGGCCAACACUGUCUCCUGGCGAUGAUCAAGGCUACUCAGAUAACUCAGACACAGACUCCGAUACCAGUUUACUAAGAGACUAUGAUCGGGAUGAUGAAAGCACAGACGAAGCAUUAUUGCUUCCGGUAGAGCAUUUGGAUAUGAGUGCAAUCCCCUACCAUGAUGAUGAUGAUGACGAUGAUGAAGCACAUUUUUCAAGCUUAACUACCAUGGAUUCAGUAAUAAAAGACGAUUCGGCUCAAGAAUUUCCUAUGAACUUUCAUCUUUCAAAAAUACCUGCAAUUUCCGAGCAAUCCAUGCAUGAACUGGGAUACUUGGACUCUCUCUCACAUGGGGUGCAAAUGCACUGCCUGGAUGGAGAAGACGACUGCAAACACAAUGUAACUGAUGAUAGUCAAUUGCACAAACUGGUAUCAGAUGACUCUGUAUAUGGUACUGUUUGUGAAAUUAUAAACUCUGACAUUCAACUUUCUUGCGACGAACCAAAGACAUCAACGCCUUUAAUCACUGUGACGAAUACUGCAAGAGCUAGUUAUGGCAGUGAAAACCUAGGUACUACUGAAGACGGCAGCAGUCCUGAGGGUUAUAUCGACAAUGCCACCGGCAUUCUGAAAGAAGCAGUGCUGGAUAUAAAAGAUGAUCACCAGCAUUUUCGUCAGAGACCCGUCCUCUCUAAAUUUCACCAAACUAUGCACCGAGAUGAUAACUACAGCAACACAGCCAACAGCAUUCCUAACUCAGAGCUACCAGAGGGCUUGCAGGGUGUCCUACACAGCAUAGGUGUCAUGGCAUCUCCGACUGAUGCACAGGACCACAGCAUGACCACGCCAAGUGCGUUCGAUCAACGCAACACGCCUGAAUGGACCAACGACGAAAACCAAGAAGGAAUUACUACAAAACCCAUCGAAGACUACUUUCUCCAUAUUGAUGAAAGCAAGGAAUAUUUAUCAGACAAAGACUUUGCCGUAUUUUGUAUCUUAGUCGCUUUGUUAUCUCUUAUUAUGUAUUUCGUUUAUGAUUUUUUCUUUUAAGGAUUUUACAAAGUCGGGCUCACACACAAUAAUAACUUACGCAACAAAAGAGCAAUAAAUCUGCCGCAAGUUUACAUAAGAAAUUAAUUUUUGGUCACAUAUAAUGCUUAUGUAAAAAAUGAGCAGUGUCAACUACCCGGGAACUUAGUGGUACGCCAGUGCAUAUGAUAUAUUUUUAUAUAGGUAUCUGCAACAUGUGUGUAUGUAUAUUCAUACAUACAUAUGUGUGUGUGUGAGUGUGCGUACGCGCGCGCGCGAUGUGAACUUAUAUUUUUCCCUAAUGUGUAAAAAUCUAUUUUAUUAUUACAUGUUUGACAAAGUUUCUUUUCAAAAGAAAUUUGUUUAAGCAUAGGUAAUAUCAAUUCUGAAAACUACUUAUAAGCCAUGGAAUGAAGUUUAACAGCGUCAUAAUUAAUCACUUUGAAUUUACAAGUGAACAGAAAAACUAUCAUUUAUUCCAGUUCAUCAAGUACAAGAAUCCUUUGUGUUAAUCAUGACUUUCAAGCUAGCCAACUAGCUUCAACUCUGUUAGUAUCACAAAUAUGCCUGACUUUUAAAUGCCCUCAAAUGAUUGUGCAGUAAAAUGAAAAAAAAAAAACAUACCCAGACGUUGAUUGCCAAUUGACAUAAUCGUGUUAAUGACAGCAUACCCACAGUCUCAAUGUGUUCGCCAAACAAUUAUACUACCUUUUCAUCUCUAUGUGUUUUACUAUGAUUUUUUUUUUGCAUACAUUAACUUGAAAGUUAAUGUAUAUUUUGUCCCUGAAAAUAAUCGAGCAUUUCGGAUUCCAUGAGGUGGAAUUUUUGUAAAAUAACGGAACAAAAUGAAAUCCUUGCUGAAAUUUGAUGUCGUCAGUCUCUUUGUACAGAUUCAGUUUUUCUCUAAUAAAGAAAAUCUUAAUUAA